AUGACAUCAGUUGAGGCGCGGGAUGCAGUAAAGCAGUAUGAGCUGCGCCACAACGUCUUGCUGCAGAGUAUUCUCCCCGGGGGCCUCCUCUCGUCUUUCGAACUGAAGGAGCGCUGUGAUGCCCUCUUGGUGCCGCGCCAGAUCUCGCUCGAAGUGAUGCAUAUCGCACCCUAUUUCCUAGCUACUGCACGGCGCCCAUCUUUCGUGUCAAGCACCAAAGCUGCGCCGACGCUCGCUGCACUCUUUGGUGAGAAAGAAGACCUACCAGAGCAAUGCAGUUCUUCCAACCAAGAGACUGAGGCCACGGGUGAUGCGGCGACCACGGCAGUAGUGACGUUUCCACCAGAGAAGACUGACGCUUUCAGGGCUGCCCUCGCCCGGUUUCUCGAGUAUCACCUCCUGCACUUUGACAGUUUGGGGAACUCUGAGUUCACCAACCUCAGCGGCCAGCGCGGUACCUUUACCGAGGACCUGAACCAUGUCCAGCGCUUUGGCCACUUAGGCCAGGUUGCCGUCCUUGCGUAUGCUGAUGCGCUGCGACCGAAGAGCAGCGCUAUUGACACUGACGGUCACGCACCGGCGGGGGGCGAUUGUUCACGCGAUCCUUCAUCUCUUCAAAUCUUCAUCAUCGACAUGCCCUUGAUGGACACGGGUGAAGUGCAUCUCAUCACGGAUGCGCUGCACAAACUCACAAAGCCUGCAACUCCCCAAAUCGAGGUGAACAAGAGCGCAUCGCCUCACAAGACCAGCCUGGUAGACAUACCAUUUAUAAUGGGAGACCGUAACGCAAGCGACCCCACCGCGCGCCUGAAGCCGUUGACGGAGCUCUUCAAUCUGUCGGCCCCCUCGCCAAACCGUGUCGCGGCGGCGAACGCAACAGGCCCAGGAGGUACCGACUCAGGUGAUGAGUCGGUUGCCGAGACGGUCGUAAUUGAGGACCGCGGAGAUGAACCACCAAAGAGUCCUGUCCUGGAGGAUUACAUAGAGAAGUACACGCACAUUAGCAAGCGACAGCGUCAGCAGAGCGAAUCAAAUUGCGCGUCCUCGGCAAAGGCGCACAAUAGCGGAGAUGCCAGUUUCCAUGAUCAGAUAAUCGACGUACCCACUCCGCCCACUUUGUUGACCUCGGUGUGCGCACACCAAGGUGUUGCUGCGCUCACUGCUGGCUCUUCUCAACUAGCGUCUAGCGCGACGGACCCAAAGGGCACCGCUACGGCCACUAUUAUCCACGCUAAUGUCCUUCGCCACGAGUACAGCCGCGAGUGUAUCAAGGACUACCGCCGUGUCGUGGCCGCUGACAACGAGAUCUUCUACGGUGAGUUUGAGCGACUCAUGGUGUUACGAUGCGCAGGACCCCUGGCGAAGGUGAUCAAUGAGUACGUCUCGAAGAAUGAGCACUCCCACCAGCCGAUUCUGAACACCAACAUGUACAACAAGUUCGUGGAGAGGUGCCACACGGUGUUGUAUCAGACGCAUCGUCUCUCCAUGGACAAGGAGCGGCUGGUGAUCAUGCAGGAAGGUAUCGAACGGUACGUCACAUCAAGGCUCUAUCACCAAAUCUUCAAUGUUUGCGAGGAGGAGAAGAGCCAAAGUAAGCUACUGCAAGAGAAGCUCAUACGACUGGAAGACAUGACGCCAGCGCACUUGCAUGCGUUUCCAGAGGUGGAGCAGCAUCAUGUUUGGGGCCAAGCGAUGUUCGAGCUGGACGGCAUGGACUUCUUCAAAUCCCCGCGAGAGAAGCUUCGUUGUGGGAUGCGGUCAUGUGAGCUUUUGAGCCUCGCAGUCGGUGAUAUUAUUCGACAGCGCCGCAGCCCCAAGCAGCCAGGCAAGGCUGCCGAGACACCCGCCUUGGGCAACGGUGGUAGUGUUCCGUUGGCGUUCGGCGCCGACGAGUUUUUGCCAUGCUUUCUUUUGCUUGUGCUUCGCGCUCGUCCACUGAGCUUUGUGCAGAACGUGCUCUAUAUUGAAAAGUUUCGCUACCCCGCCCUCAUGUCUGCUGAGGAGUCCUACUGCUUCGCUACCCUGCAGUCCUCCUUGCUGUUCUGGCAGAACUGCCGUGAUGAUGGUCAGAUGGAUUCCGCCUGUGCCACGGAUGUCAGUUUGGGCCGCGUUGAAGCUCCGCCACACAAUGGCGGCUUAGGAAACUCCGAUGCCCCCUGCGCGGUGUCUUCAUCCCUCUCGGGUGUAAUGCAGCCCCCGCAGCCACCGCCGCUAAUGACGGAGCACGAUUUGUUACCCUCGGUGCGACAGGCGUCAUUGACUGCUCGCCAGCAGGCGGCGGUGGACUGUAACAGUCGAUUGACCAAUGGACCAGAUGCACCACUCUCAGAGGGCAAACCGCAUGCUGAGGAGACACCAACCGUCCUUGACGUGCUGUUUGGCUGGGCGAACCGCAGCUUGGCCCCGCUCGCCAGUGAGAUUGGCCUGGGUGCCAGAACCAGUGACAAGGUCGGCAAAGUCUCAACCCUCGGAAGGGAGACUGUCGGAGCCGAGUCGUCUGUCAUUCCUGCUUCGGGCGCGAUCGGGUACCAGUCGCCGCUGCGAGGCACUGUCGUGUCGUCCACUUCUGCCGCUCCGCAGGCGGAGGUGGUGCGGGAUGAAAGUUUUAGUGAAGGUGUGUCCCACGCAGCCUUGGCGCCAUCACUGCCGCUGCCCCUCCCUGAUUCGAAUGUCUCAUCUCGUGCGCGUGUGCGGGAGCUUCUGGUGACGCAAAACAAGCUCUUUGACCAGCUGACGCUUCCAGAGCUGCAGAUGAUUGUCGAAGAAGCUCGGCAACUGCUGUUAGAGGGUAGGUAG